UCUCCAAAGAACCCCAAAAACGCGAAAUCGCUGACUAUUUUUGCACCAUCCUACUCAGACUCGACACUUUCGAUUCAUUCUGCGCCGCUGCAACCCUCACAAAGUCAUCAGGCCAUGAGUAUGGGGCCAUUGCCCUCGCCGUCCAUGUAUCCCCCAUCGACGCCCUUCUUAUCCAAUCCAAAGCACAUGUUUAUAGAGACAGUAUCAAACCUCUUUGACUCUGUGGAUUCCAGCCGAAGUCUGAAAUAUACCCUGGAGGAGCAGGUUCGCAAAUCAGCCCAAUUGCUCCAGACACUUCAGGCCAGUGGAACUAUGAUCGAGAACCUGGUCCGUGGUCAAUUCAAGGAACUGGAGAAGGGUGUGAUCGAGCGUUUCGAGAGCGAAAUUGAGCACUUGAGUGCUCGUGUUCGACAACUGGAGGAGCACCAGGGAUUGACACCUCCACCUAAGAAAGCAAAGGCCACUGCAACAUCCAGCCAA